GACGCAUGACUGACUCGUUGACAAAAAGUCGGUCGCUCGUCCCAACCCAUCCAUCCGAUACCCACCGGACUGGCAUCUGGACUUGCAUGCCAGUUCCCAUGGCCUUGGUCUACCAUGGCACUACUCUGAACUGUAUUUCGCCCUAGAAGAAGCGGUACUUUCCUCUUCUUCUCCACCCAUCUUCUGUUCUCUUUACAUAUUCACCGCACAAGCAAAGAUUUCAAUUGGAUCAACUAGCAAGGCUUCCGCGAUCACGUGCCAUCGUAUAUCCGCCGAACCGGCCGUUUGUAGAUUCUAUGAUACCCAUUUCUCAACUUCACGUCUCAACCCUGUCUUUGAACAUUCCUUCCAAAAUUCUACGACGCACGUGGUUUGAGGAUUUAUUCCCGUCGAGGAUGGAUCCCUCCACAAUCAACAACUGCGUCCUAGUGCUAAAUUUACCGCCAAAUGCGCUUGCUGGCAUCGAUUUACUAUCCUUCACAACUUCACCUCGCUUUCACGGGGUCAAGAAUAUACCACCUGGACUGCAUUUUGUUUUCGCUGCCAGUAACAGUGCGCUCUCGGUGCGACAAGGCGCAUGGUUCUACGUCACGCCUGGGACCGGCUCGCCACAGGUGUUUGUCAAGAAGUGGGAUGAGAAGACGGAAGAUUUAAUAGCAGAAACGGCGCAGACGGAAGUGCUGCGAUGGAAGGCGAAUUUAGGGAGCGUAUGGAAGGACGGCUUGACACCGUAUCGACAGACCGUGCAAGAAGGGGACUCUGGCGCAGAGGAAGGCUGGUCUGAGGAGAGCGCAGAUUGGGGUAAACUCACCUCGCACAUAUCACCAACCAUCUUGUCUCGAAUAUGCGGUUUGAAUCCCGAUCACUGGAGCAUAACGUCCGCAUCAUCCGCCACUCAGGAUCUAGAGCAAAUACCGGGCCUGGAGUCGAGUAACAGCAUGUUGCAUCCAGAGAAGGAGCUCAAGUUUUUGCCCAUAGACCUGAAGCGGACGUGGAGGGAAGGCGCGACAGGGCGAGAACGAACGGAAGCUGCACAAGACCGGUCCUGGUUUCUGGGUGACCUAAUCGAUCAUCACUGCCAGGGGGAGAAACAAGGACGAGAGUUCCAAGUACUGGGCGAGCUGCAGUUCGCCUUUCUGAUGGUCCUGACGCUCAACAACGACUCCUGCCUCGAACAAUGGAAGCGAUUGCUCCAACUGCUCCUCACCUGCCGGCAGGCCGUCAAGGACCGCUCCCAGAUGUUUCUCGAGUUGCUGAAGACCCUGCGCGCACAGCUUAGUCACUGCGCCGACAUAGAGGGCGACCUUUUCGACAUGAGCGAGGUUGGUGGAGGCUUCUUAAGACCGCUAUUCAGCCGGUUUCGCAAAAGUCUGGACGAAUUUGACGGCAAGUGGAAAGGCGCUCUUGUGUACGAGUUGGAGGACCUGCAAGAAUAUCUACAGAAAGAGUUUGGCUGGGAGCUGGACGAUUCGUACGUGAAGCGCGGCAUGCUAGAGUUGGAAGACGGCGAGCGUGUGGAGAUGGAGGUCAACGGCGCAGACGAAGACGAUGAGUUGGGCGACUAUGCGCCGGUAGUCGUGGAUCUGACGCCAGAACAGUUGAAGCUGUUAAACGGGAGCGACAUCGGUCACUCCAAGGAUACGAGUUCGGAAGAGGAAGCUGGCAUGGACGAAAUGGAUACGCGAUACUAAAAGCUGGCUAGGCCGUGCAUAUCCGGUGAGUCGAUUCGGACUGCGAACAAGAUAGCCCACCGGUCAUUUGGGUCGUUUCGCACUAGACUCCCACUUUACGUUUUUGCACACGUUCAAGCGUGUGCUAGAGUGCUAGAGGGGCGUCUUACAAACGCCUGGCCCUCGUGUCAAGCGCUCAGUUGGGGAGGGUCGGUAACUCACAGCCUUGCGGUGUGUAGCUUCGCCUGACGCUAACGGGGGGCUUGUUGGCGCCACAGCGUCUCGAAAUAGCAAGCCGAAGCGCCUGCAGAAACCGCCCGUCUUUCAACUCAAGAGCCAGGCCGUUUUUACGAGCACUAGCACAACUACCUACACGGCGAACCAUCAAAUGCCAUUCUUGUUGCUCCCC